CAUGCCUCCGCGCGCGCCACCCGCGCCCGGGCCCCGGCCGCCGCCGCCCCGGGCCGCCGCCACCGCCGCCGCCACCUCCGCCGCGGGGGUCGGGGGCGCCGCCGGGCUCCGGCCGCUCGCGCCGCGCGCCUGGCGCUGGCUGCUGCUGCUCGCGCUGCCCACCGCCUGCUCCGCGCCGCCGCCGCCGCGCCCCGUCUACACCAACCACUGGGCAGUGCAAGUGCUGGGCGGCCCGGCCGCCGCCGACCGCAUGGCCGCCGCGCACGGCUACCUCAACUUGGGCCAGAUUGGAAACCUGGAAGAUUUCUACCAUUUUCACCAUAGCAAGACCUUUAAAAGAUCGACCUUGAGCAGCAGAGGCCCGCACACCUUCCUCAGAAUGGACCCCCAGGUAAAAUGGCUACAACAACAAAAGGUGAAACGCAGGGUGAAGAGACAGGUGCGAAGCGACCCUCAGACCUUCUAUUUCAACGACCCCAUUUGGUCCAACAUGUGGUACAUGCACUGUGGUGACAAGAAUAGUCGCUGCCGAUCAGAAAUGAAUGUCCAGGCGGCGUGGAAGCGGGGCUACACAGGAAAAAACGUGGUGGUCACCAUCCUGGACGAUGGCAUAGAGAGGAAUCACCCGGACCUGGCUCCAAAUUAUGAUUCUUAUGCAAGUUAUGAUGUCAACGGAAAUGAUUAUGACCCAUCUCCUCGAUACGAUGCCAGCAAUGAAAACAAACACGGCACGCGCUGUGCAGGAGAAGUUGCCGCUUCAGCGAACAACUCGUACUGCAUCGUGGGCAUAGCAUACAAUGCAAAGAUAGGAGGCAUCCGCAUGCUGGACGGCGAUGUGACAGAUGUGGUUGAGGCCAAGUCCUUGGGCAUCCGACCCAACUACAUCGACAUUUACAGCGCCAGCUGGGGGCCGGAUGAUGAUGGGAAGACGGUGGAUGGGCCCGGCCGACUGGCUAAACAGGCUUUCGAGUUUGGCAUUAAAAAGGGCCGGCAGGGCCUGGGCUCCAUUUUUGUCUGGGCCUCUGGGAAUGGAGGGAGAGAGGGGGACUAUUGCUCCUGUGAUGGCUACACCAACAGCAUCUACACCAUCUCCGUGAGCAGCACCACUGAGAACGGCUACAAACCCUGGUACCUGGAGGAGUGCGCCUCCACCUUGGCAACCACCUACAGCAGCGGGGCCUUCUAUGAGCGGAAAAUUGUCACCACAGAUUUGCGUCAGCGCUGCACUGAUGGCCACACAGGGACCUCGGUCUCAGCCCCCAUGGUGGCUGGCAUCAUCGCCUUGGCUCUAGAAGCAAAUAGCCAGUUAACCUGGAGAGACGUCCAGCACUUGCUGGUGAAGACAUCCCGGCCGGCCCACCUGAAGGCGAACGACUGGAAAGUGAAUGGGGCCGGGUAUAAAGUUAGCCAUCUCUAUGGAUUUGGCUUGGUGGAUGCAGAAGCUAUUGUCCUGGAGGCAAAGAAGUGGACAGCAGUGCCAUCCCAGCACAUGUGCAUAGCCACCUCGGACAAGAGGCCCAGGAGUAUCCCCAUAGUGCAGGUGCUGCGGACCACAGCCCUGACGAACGCAUGCGCUGACCACUCAGACCAGCGCGUGGUCUACUUGGAGCACGUGGUGGUCCGCAUCUCCAUCUCACACCCACGCAGAGGAGACCUCCAGAUCCACCUGAUUUCCCCCUCGGGAACCAAGUCUCAACUGUUGGCAAAGAGAUUGCUGGAUUUUUCAAAUGAAGGAUUUACAAACUGGGAAUUCAUGACCGUGCACUGCUGGGGAGAAAAGGCUGAGGGGGAAUGGACCUUGGAAAUCCAAGAUCUGCCAUCCCAGGUCCGCAACCCAGAAAAACAAGGGAAGCUGAAAGAAUGGACCCUCAUUUUGUACGGCACAGCAGAGCACCCGUACCACACCUUCAGUUCCCAUCAGUCCCGCUCUCGGAUGCUGGAGCUCUCAGUCCCGGAGUCGGAGCCACCCAAGGCUGCUGGGUCACCCGCUCAGGCAGAGAUUCCCGAGGAUGAAGAAGAUUACACAGCUCCUCCCACUCAAGGCUCUCCUAAUACUUUACAGACCAGUGUGUGCCAUCCGGAGUGCGGUGACAAAGGCUGCGAUGGCCCCAAUGCAGACCAGUGCCUGAACUGUGUCCACUUCAGCCUGGGGAGCUCCAAGACUGGCAGGAAGUGUGUGAGUGAGUGCCCCUUGGGCUACUUCAGGGACAAAGCAGCAAGGCGCUGUCGCAGGUGUCACAAGGGGUGUGAGACGUGCUCCAGCAGGAGCCCCACUCAGUGCCUGUCUUGCCGCCGCGGGUUCUACCAUCACCAGGAGAUGAGCACGUGUGUGACCCAGUGUCCCGCUGGAUUUUAUGCUGAUGAAAGUCAGAAACACUGCCUUAAAUGCCACCCAAGCUGCAAAGAGUGCAUGGAUGAACCUGAAAAAUGUACCAUGUGUAAGGAAGGAUUCAGCCUUGCACGGGGCAGCUGCAUUCCAGACUGUGAACCGGGUACCUACUUUGAUUCUGAGCUGAUCCAGUGUAUGGAAUGCCAUUCCACCUGCCGAACCUGUGUGGGGCCUAGCAGGGAGGAAUGCAUUCACUGUGCAAAAAACUUCUCCUUCCAAGACUGGAAAUGUGUGCCAGCCUGCAGUGAGGGCUACUACCCGGAGGAGAUGCCUGGCUUUCCCCACAAAGUGUGUCGGAGGUGCGAGGACAACUGCCUGAGCUGUGAGGGCUCCAGCCGGAACUGCAGCAAGUGCAAGGCAGGCUUCAUGCAGCUGGGGACCUCGUGCAUCAGCAACCUCACGUGCAGCAACGCUGACGAGACCUUCUGCGAGAUGGUGAAGUCUAACCGACUCUGUGAACGGAAGCUUUUCAUCCAGUUCUGCUGCCGCACAUGCCUCCUGGCUGGGUAGAGACUCCCGCUGCCCACAGAGGACAGGGCCCCUCCUGUCCAUCCAUCUGUCCAUCCACCUUCCUCCAGACUGUUGACCAGAGCCUGUUCCGGGAGCGGUGCCUCGAAUCUGACAGCUUUAUCUCCCCAGGAGCCAGGUCCUCCCUCAGCUCCUCGAGGCACCCAAGCCGGUAGGUGGAGGUCCCUAAGGAAGAGCUCCUGGCACAGUGAUCACUCUCCAGCUCUGCUCACUGGCUACUGCCUUCUGGCAAGCUCAGAAUGGUAACAACAUGCAUUCGGAGAAUCCACAGCUCCAGCUUCAGAUCCUAAGUUUACUGAAUCUUCAAGACCAAAGCAGAAAGGAAAGAUGCUUGGCAUCUUGUAUCACCCGCCUCCUGUGCUGUUAUGCGGCUCGGCUGUAAAUCUCCGCAGGCUAGCUGGCAGGAGAGUUAGGUUGCCUGCUGCCUGCCACUGCGCAUCCCGGGGGACUGAUCAGUCAGACUGUAAAUAAAAUAGGUUUUGGGGCAUAAAACACAUGACCACUGGGGAUGGAAUCAGGUUCUAUGCAGUCCGCUUCUUUGGAAACUGCACAAGUGUCCUAGAAAGUCCACUGCCAACCCAGAUUGCACCGUUCUCUCCGAGGAAGCCAAGCUGUCCUGUGUUCUGUAGGAGUCUCCUGGGCCUGGACAACCACCUCAAGCUGAUGCACAACCUUCUGAGGAGGGUCCAAAGGAGGCUCUCUGGGGCUACCCAGAAGACACCCUGAUCGCCAAGCAGUUCCUCUUAACAAAAUGUAAAGCCAGCCCGCGAGUCAUUGGUCAUCCAUCCCUUCCCAUUUUACAGAAUUGCUUUUACAACACAUGUGGCCUCUGCUCUCGAGGUGGAUCUCCUGUGUCUGUAUAUAGUAUAAGCCUACAUGACACAGCUGGAUUGAUUUCUGCCAAACCUGUGUAGGCAUUUUAUAAGCUACGUGUUCUAAUUUUUACCAAUGUUAAUUAUUUUGACAAAUAUUUCAUAUAUUUUCAUUGAAAUGCACAGAUCUGCUUGAUCAAUUCCCAUUAAUAUGGGAGUAACAUUUGCCUUAAAUUUUCUCAGUCUCGUCUCUCUCCAUAUUGUCCCGCCUCCCCUCUUUGACUGUAAUGUGUUUGCCUUGUCACUUGUGAGCUGGAGAGAAGCCAGCAGUUGUCUGUUGAAUCCAUGACUCUGAGAAAGAAAUCAGUGAAAAAAAAGCAAUGUUAACCCUAAAUUAAUAAAAGAGUUAACAUCUCA